UUAUAUAGCAUUUGUUAGACACGGAAUAAAGCCGCGAGGACCAAACGUUUUGCACAUUGACAUGGCUCUCGUUAAACCCAAAUCAGAGCUCACCCCCGAGGAGCUGGCUCGCCAAGAAGAGGAGGAGUUCAACACUGGCCCGCUGUCGGUGCUCACCCAAUCGGUGAAGAACAACACACAGGUACUCAUCAAUUGCCGCAACAACAAAAAGCUACUCGGCCGCGUCAAAGCGUUCGAUCGCCAUUGCAACAUGGUUCUGGAGAACGUAAAGGAGAUGUGGACGGAGUUGCCGCGCACCGGCAAGGGCAAAAAGAAGGUGAAACCCGUCAACAAAGACCGCUUCAUAUCGAAAAUGUUUCUGCGCGGCGAUUCUGUAAUUUUAGUGCUACGCAAUCCAUUGGCAACGGCAGCGGGCAAAUAGGAGA